CUCGUCGGCGCGUUUGUGUUGACACCGGCCAUUCAACAGAACCCCACAGAGCAGCUUUGAUUGCCGUAUUCAGACUCCCGCUCCCCGAGUUCCUGUUUCCGCUGCAGCCCUUCUCGGAGCCACAAUCCUCGGCUGCCUGCGCCCUCCGUCCCAGCGUCCCGCAUCCCCGCUCGGAUGCCUCUGGAGGCCGGAAAGUCAGACCGAGGAUGUAACUUCAAUAGGAUCAUCGAGUUGGACUGGAGGGGCCUUUUGCAACUGAGUUGGAUAAAGUGGUCAAGCAGAAGCUGGGUGGUCGGUGAGGACAUCAAUCAAGCCAUCAAGAUAGUGACUUUUUAAUGUGCUAGCAAUGGUCUAGCACACAGGAAAGACUGAUUUAUUGCAGGAGAAGCACCCUUCGCCUUUUAAUAAACACUCCCGAGCCACAAGUGAACACCUCCCUUUUUAUCUGCCGCUUCUCCUCCUCGCAACAAUGCCAGUACCGAUGCUAGAGCCGGGGCGUGCGUGGUGACGGGACCCAAAGUGUCCACAUCCGGCAGCUGGGUCGGCGGGUGUGCAGAAACACCACAAGGAAUUUUUGGGAAAGUGUGGUCCAAGCAUGCGCCCCUGGGCAGGUUCAUGGCGUUGGAUUACCCUGGUGCUGCUGGCCUGGGGCACGCUCCUCUUCUACAUCGGUGGGCACUUGGUGAGGGACAGCGAGCAUCCUGAGCGCUCCAGUCGGGAGCUCUCCAAGAUCUUAGCCAAACUAGAGCGGCUCAAACAGCAGAAUGAAGACCUGCGGCGCAUGGCGGAAUCUCUAAGGAUACCAGAGGGCCAGGCAGAAGCGGGGUCCUUGGCAGCAGGAAGGCUGCGCUCCCUGGAGGACCAGCUAACCCGAGCCAAGCAGAAGAUCCACAGCUUCCAGAAACUCACUGGAGAUGGCCCCGGACCCACUCAGGAGGAGCUGCGGAGGAAGGCAGAAAACGGCGUGAAGGAGUUCUGGUACUUUGUACGCAACGAAGUGAAGAAACUGGCUAACAGCGAGCUCAGCGAGAGGCAGAAGUAUGCCGACACACUCCUGCAGGACUUGGGCCACCAGGAAAGGUCCAUUAUGACAGACUUGUACUACCUCAGCCAGGCCGACGGAGUUGGUGAAUGGAGAACGAAAGAGGCUAAAGACCUGUCGGACCUGGUGCAGAACCGAAUCACCUACCUACAGAACCCCCCAGACUGCAGUAAGGCGAGGAAGCUGGUGUGUAACAUCAAUAAGGGUUGCGGUUAUGGCUGCCAGCUCCACCAUGUCGUCUAUUGCUUCAUGAUUGCUUAUGGCACUCAGCGCACGCUCAUCCUGGAAUCACACAACUGGCGCUACGCCCCCGGAGGCUGGGAGACCGUUUUUCUGCCCGUCAGCAACACCUGCAUGGACCGCGCUGGGGCCUCCACCGGACACUGGUCAGGGGAGGCUCACGAUAAGGACGUCCAAGUCGUGGAGUUGCCUAUCGUGGACAGCCUUCACCCUCGACCCCCGUACUUACCCCUGGCAAUCCCCGAAGAUCUGGCCCCGCGCCUGCACCGUCUGCACGGAGACCCGUCCGUCUGGUGGGUGUCCCAGUUCGUCAAAUACCUGGUCCGUCCUCAGGCGUGGCUGGAGAAGGAGAUCCAACAGAGCACCGCCAAGCUGGGCUUCAAGCAUCCCAUCAUUGGGGUACAUGUGAGACGGACUGAUAAAGUGGGCACCGAGGCAGCUUUCCACCCCAUAGAGGAGUACAUGGUCCACGUGGAAGAACAGUUCCAGCUUCUGGCCAGACGUGUCCGUGUCGACAAGAAACGCGUUUACCUGGCCACCGAUGACCCAUCCCUGCUGCAAGAGGCUAAGACCAAGUAUCCAGACUAUGAGUUCAUCAGCGAUAACUCCAUCUCAUGGUCGGCUGGCCUGCACAACCGCUACACUGAGAACUCUUUAAGAGGAGUCAUCCUCGACAUCCACUUCCUGUCGCAGACGGACUUCUUGGUUUGCACAUUUUCCUCGCAGGUUUGCCGAGUGGCUUAUGAGAUCAUGCAGACGCUGCAUCCAGACGCCUCCUCUUUCUUCUACUCCUUGGACGAUAUCUACUACUUCGGGGGUCAAAACGCCCACAAUCAAAUCGCCAUCUACCCACACCAGCCGCGCAACAGCGAGGACAUUCCCUUGGAGCCCGGGGACGUGAUCGGCGUAGCCGGAAACCACUGGGACGGAUACUCCAAAGGCAUCAAUCGCAAACUGGGCCGCACCGGCCUCUACCCCUCGUACAAGGUCAAGGAGAAAAUCGAGACUGUGAAGUACCCGCUGUACCCCGAAGCAGACAAACUGCUCAACUCUCAAAAGAAGUAAAACAGGAAAAUGAGAAACUGAAAAGAAGAAAAGUGGAGAAAUGCGUAUUCUCCGGUUUCAGGGAAGGAGGCUGCUUUUGUACAGAAGAGAAAAGAAAGGCGCGCUCGCUGCGCUCGGCUAAGAAGAAAAGAAAAAAAAAGCCUAAAACCCAUGGGUGAAAGGAAUGAAAAUGCACUCUUGUGCGUGUUUGUGUGUGUGGGAGCGUGUGUGUUCCUGUGUGUAAAUGCUUGUGCCCUCCCCCCACUCUCCCGCCCUGCACCUGGCGUUGUGACAUCGGGUCCGUAGAGAUGUAGACGUGAACAUCAAUUUUUAAAGAAAAGCAAGAAAAACGAUUAAAAUCUACACGACUGACUGAGAUUUCCCCUCCGAUGGAACUACUGUCCGACCGGUGUAAGCGUCGAAUCGAUGAUCGAGAGAGAAAAACAUUUUAU